AUGUGGAUAGUUAUUGUAGACAGUAUAGUCGAAAAAAGUACUAAUGAUGUUUGUUAUUCUGCUAAGUACAUGUCAGGUUUUGGUAAUGAGUUUGCCUCCGAAGCCCUUCCGGAUGCACUUCCAAAAGGACAGAAUGCUCCUCAAAAAUGCCCGUAUGGUUUAUAUGCUGAGCAACUCUCUGGUACGGCUUUCACUGCCACAAGAGAAUAUAACUGCAGAAGCUGGUUAUACCGCAUCAGACCAUCAGCUGUCCAUAUGCCUUUUGAAAAGACAACUCAAGGAGACCUGACACAUUUCUGGGAUGAGUGUGACCCCAAUCCAAAUCAGUUGCGAUGGAAACCAUUUGAUAUCCCUCCUGAAGGAAGCAACAUUGACUUCACCCAAGGUUUACACACAGUCUGUGGGGCUGGGGAUCCUUGCACAAGGCAUGGUGUUGCAAUCCAUGUCUACAGUUGUGAUAUCUCUAUGAAAGACAAGUGUUUCUAUAACUCUGAUGGGGAUUUCCUCAUAGUUCCCCAAAAGGGCACCUUAAUGAUCACUACAGAAUUUGGCAAAAUGGAAGUGAAACCAAAUGAAAUUUGUAUCAUCCAGCAAGGAAUAAGAUAUUCGGUGGAGAUCACUGAACCCUCAAGGGGAUAUAUUCUUGAGGUGUUCGAUGCCCACUUUGUGUUGCCAAAUUUGGGACCAAUAGGUGCAAAUGGACUGGCAAACCCUCGGGACUUCUUGACACCAGUAGCAUGGUAUGAAGACAGGGAUGUGGAGUCUGGUUUCUCUGUGAUCAGCAAGUACCAAGGAAAGCUAUUUAAAGCUGUUCAGGAUCACUCAGCAUUUGAUGUUGUUGCUUGGCAUGGCAAUUAUGCUCCAUACAAAUAUGACCUCAACUGUUUUAACGUUGUCAACACAGUCUCCUUCGACCACAUUGAUCCUUCUGUAUUCACUGUUCUCACUUGUCCCAGUUUAAGACCAGGAACUGCAAUCGCAGACUUCGUGAUAUUUCCACCAAGGUGGAGUGUUGCUGAAAACACAUUCAGACCCCCUUACUAUCACCGCAACUGCAUGAGUGAGUUUAUGGGCCUUAUAUUUGGUAAAUAUGAAGCUAAGGAAGAAGGAUUUGCCCCAGGGGGUGCUAGUCUGCAUAGUAUGAUGACCCCCCAUGGACCUGAUAGAGAUUGUUUUGAGAAGGCGACUGUAGCAGACUUGAAACCUCAACGAGUCGCAGAUGGUACCAUGGCGUUCAUGUUUGAAAGUAGCAUGAGCAUGGCGCUCACUAAAUGGGGAAAUGAAACUUGUCAGAAGGUGGAUCAUGAUUAUUACAAAGUGUGGCAGCCAUUACAAAAACACUUUGAUCCCAACUGGAAGCCAAGUGAUGACAGCAAAAAACACUGAUGGACAACAAGUUGUCUUAAUGUUGCACCGCGUUCUGACUGACUCAUUUAUGCACAUGCAUUUAGACCUAGAGAAUAUUCACUGUCGAUAUUCUCUUGAUUUAGACUAUGCAUUCACAUUGGAAGUAAAAUGGCGAUAAGAAAUUAUUAGCAAAGAUGAUAA